GUGAACCUGCUGCAUCUAAUAAAUUCAGGGAGUCCCAUUUGAUGUUGAUUUUCCGAUGCAAAAGUAGCAACUAGGAUCCACUCCCUAUAUAUAAAAACUAAUUGAUUGCCACCCAUAUUCCAUAUAACAACUUUUUUGGUUCAUUUUUUCUGUCUCUAAAAAAUGGCAACCCCGGAAGAAUCCUCAACAUUAGAACUCAUAAGACAACAUCUUCUUGGAGACUUCAUCUCCACAGACGAGUUUAUCAGUAAUCUUGAGUCCAGUAUAGCCAGUAUCUCUGUCAAACUAGAGAGCUCCCUUUCUGGGUCAGAACCCAACUCCCCAAUAUCCGACCAAAGUUACCAUAGUACCCAAGAAACCUAUAGCUUUGAAAUAAAACCUGAAAUCAUAGACUUGACACCUCCUGAGCCCGUGUUUUCAGGUUCAAGUAAUCAGUACCCACCACCUGAACCUGUAAAGAUGACAGAUAAAGGAGAGACAGUAAGGCAUUACAGGGGGGUCCGAAGAAGGCCAUGGGGCAAGUUUGCAGCAGAGAUCCGUGACCCUAACCGGAAGGGAAGUCGGGUUUGGUUGGGUACUUUUGACACUGAUAUUGAUGCUGCAAAAGCUUAUGACUGUGCUGCAUUCAAAAUGAGGGGCAGGAAAGCAAUCCUGAAUUUUCCUUCGGAGGCUGGACUAUCCAUCCCGCCGCCAGCCACAGGCAGGAAGCGAGGAAGAUCGAAGCGAGAAGAGAUGCUGCCGGAAUCUGUUGAUGUGUCAACGGAAAAUUGGAGUGGAGAAGUAGAGGAGGGUGUCUCAGAUGAGGAGCAACUGGCACCGUUAACCCAAGAAACACGUUGGCAAGGCUUUCUUAAAAUGAGCAGAAGCUCACCACGUCAGCCAUGCUUAUGAUCAGAGAAACAAAAUCUAAUCCAUAGUUGGCUUGGAAUCAAAACUCGUCCACCUAUCGAAUCCCCUCAGGUUGAAUGUAUUGUUUGUGUAAAUAAUCGUGUGAUUAGGGUGAUGUCGGAGUGUUAAAAUGUAAAUGUUGGCAGUACCAUGAAUGAGUGAACAGAAUUUUGUCAAAAAAUCUGAAGCAUGGGUGUGCCACACACUCCUGGAAUCUCUUGCCUUGUUCUA